AUCGAAAGUUACAUAUGUUUUCUUUUUACAUAUAUUUCAUAAAAAAAAGUAGAACUUUUAUAAAUAAAAGAACAUUUGUGGCAAAAUCGAGCCACAGGUAGAUCGCCUGUAUUUAUAGACGAUAUAGACCCUGACUUUGACGGACAGGGAAGAACCGAGCACCAUGAACGGAAGCAGCGUUGCGGAGCCUCCGGACUUCCAGGCGGCCACUGCAGCCGCGGCGGCAGCUGCUCGGGCCAGCAGCUCGGAGCAGGACGAGUGGAGCGUGGGCGAGUGCGGAUUCCUGGACCCGGAGGUGCAGCGCACUAUGCGGAGUGGCAGUGCCGCCGAGGACAUCACCCAGUACCCCAUGCACGGCUGGGUGGACGUCACCAAGGAGUUCCACGACGCCUGUGCAGAGCUACAGCCCGGUGAACUGGCCCAGGACAUGCUCUUCGGUCUCUUUGAGGCCAUGUCGGCCAUUGAGAUUAUGGAUCCCAAAAUGGACGUGGGCAUGGGCUUCGACAAGCAGGACCUGCCGCCGCCUUCCUUCGAGGCAGCCAUUGCAACGGGCGCCAUUAAACUGGAUGAUCUCACGCCUUCCGAACUGAUUGGCAUCUAUGAUGCUUUGUUUUCCUGCCUCGUGUCCUGGCUGGAGGGCAACUCCAUGGACCAGGUGCUCUUCACCUGUCUCUAUCUGCAUGCUCCCUCGCAGAUCAAGGAUAAGGCGCUGCGCGUCUUCUGCACUGCCGUGCGCAAUCUCAUCGUGGUCAUUAAGAACAUCGUUGCCGUGGCCGCCGUCAACGAGGAGGAGGAUUUCCAGCUGUACGGAAACUCUGCUCUUCUGGCUGCGGAGAAGGCACAACCGGCCGCUGUUUACAGUUCACUGAAGGAUGUGGAGGACGAGCUUAUACGCAAGUGCAAGAAACUAACGGCCACGGAGGAUUGGAUGGCCGUGGUUCACCGGCUGCGUUUCAUGCGCCACCUUUUUCAGGUCAUAUACCACGUAGAGCAAAUGGCCAGCAACGACACCGUCGAUGACAAGGUUGACAUCUACAAAAUACUGCUUGUGGCCUCUGAGAUGCUGCCGGGCAUAAGGAACACCCUGGACCGGGGCACACAACCCGAGAAGGGCUCUGAAGCACCCAAUCCCAUGGGCUUCUCGCCACGCAUCCACGACCGCAGUCAACCUCCCGCUUUUCCGCGCAGUAUCAAGAUUAGGGAUCGUCCGGCAAGCUACCAGUUCCUGGAGGAAAUGAUUUCCCGCUUUAAGUAUGCCUGCAAAGUCACUAAGUACAAGGAUUACUAUUCUGCGAUGAACUUCUUCAUCGAGUACAGCAAAAAGUCAGGCCAGUGUAUCCUGUCCAGAAGCGUACUGCAGACUCUGUUUAGCGCAAACAUGCGGGUUGCACAUGGAAAGCUUCCUAUGAAGCAGUUCCUGCGCCAUUCAGUGCAGAUCUUCAACUCGCCGCCAGUGCUGAAUGCCAAGCAUCCAGUGGCCGCUGAUCCCAAGGUGCAGCAGCAUCUGGAAAACUUCUUUCGCUACUGCAUCAACAUGAACACCUUCACGCAGUUUAUACGCAUCUGUGGCUUUAAUCGCGCCAGGCAGCGUGAUAAACUGGCUCGACUGAUAGAAAACUUUGACACCAUCCAAGUGGAUGCAGCGCGAUUGGACUCGCUGAUGAACCAAAUGGCCAACGAGCGGGCCAUGGAGGGAAACGAGCCCAUGGCCACCGCCCUGAAGCACAGCACCCACUUUUCCACCUGGGUGCUGUACAACUGCUUUCGUGCAAUGCUGAUCUUCCUUAUGUCCGGCUUCGAACUGGAACUCUAUGCUGUGCAUGAAUUCCUCUACAUCUACUGGUACCCAUACGAGUUCCUUAUCGGCUUCCUUGUCUCUGCUUUGACACGCACGGAGAACAUCCUGCUGGCCCAGGAGGAGUACGCCGAGCACCAAAGUAAGAUUCAGUCAGGCGGAGGCGGAGCGGGCAAGAACCGAAAGGCGGCCAAGCCGAAAAAGAACAAAAAGCAACAGCGACCCUAUCGUGCCGAAAUUGUCUUCUACCACGCAUUACUCAGCCUGUGCGGCGGAAUGUACAAGGCAAUGGGCGCCUUGACCAAAGACGGACGUGUGCGCCUGCCGCUAUCCAAGUUCGACAACGAGGAGAUCCGCUACAAUCGCCGCUUCCUGCCCUUCGCCACGCUCACCAGUCCGCCACCAGUUUCGUACGCCGAGUUCAAGAACAUCCGGGAGCACAUGAUGCGACCCAGCGUCGAGGAUUUGUACAACUACGCGGCCAAGCACUUUGACCAGGCGCGCAAUGUCCUUGAGAGCAUUCAGAACCCCGAUCAGGAGAUGUUGGACCUGCUGCAAAUCGCUCGAACCAAUUUUGUGGUGAUGAAUGUACUGGCCCGCGGUCACCAGAAGGAAGUGAAGCGUCAGCCAGAGUUUGACUUCUCCAAACAUAGCUACUUCCCCAUCAUUAAGCUGAAGUAGACGUUCAUGUGUUCCGUAUUUGACAAGAAUAAAAUUUAUAUGUAUGCAUUUUAA